AUGAACUUCACCAAUAGUGAACCAAAUAGUAUAGGUGACUUACUACCACAUCCAGUGGGUACAGCAGCGCCAGCAGCAGCAAAUACGGCAGCGCCAGCAGCAGCAGCAGCAGCAGCAGCAGCAAAUACAGCAAAUACAGCACUAUCAUCAUCAUCAUCAUCACUGUAUCCCAAAAAGAAAAAUAUGUCUGAUGACGUACUAAAAUCAACAUUGCAGGAAGAUUUCGAUUUUACUAGCAUGCCUCUGCUCGCCGUUGACUCGGAAACGACCAGAAUAAAUAGCAUCAACAAUACGGGCACAUCUACAGAAUUGUCACAACUACAACAGCAACAGCAACCGUCAGGAACAAGUACAGAGGCGGUAACUAAGAAAUCUAAAAAAAUACCAGUCGAACUAACGGCGCAUGCACAAAAACUACAUGCUGGGUGUACAGAUGCAAUAACACGAUUACGAAGAAAAUCACUAAAGUCAAAAGGAGGUGGUGGAGGAGACGACGACGAUGAUGAGGAUAUUGAUGAUGAUGACGACGCUGGUGUCUCUAUUGAUAACGACGACGAAGAUGAUUUGAAAUGCGGCUCAAAACUAGACACCUCCGUUUCAACCAUCUCGUCGAGAAUAAAAAGGGAAGAAAUCGAAUUUAACCUUGACUCAUUUGAUAAACCCAAGGUCUUCAAUGCUAAGGUUAAAAAGGCCAAGCAUUUGUCAACUACCGGUAAUAAUGCUUCUGGUAGUGUUGCAAUGUCUGCUUCUUCCUCAACAAAUUCAACCAAUUUAAGUAGAAAAAAUUCAAACGCUUCUACUGCUCCAUUACACAAACAGAUGCGUGAACGUAAGAAACUUGCUUCAUCAGAUACUGGAAUGACUGUAACGCCAACAAGAUCUAGGCGUGGUGCUUCUUUUUCGGCACAAUCCGGUGCAAACUAUGCAAUUAAUGUACCAGAGUUCAAUGACAUAUAUCCACAAACCGAUAAUGUUGAGUUUUCGACCCCACAGUUUUUACCUUCAACAAAUGCAGACGAAAUGAAUUGGUUGAAUAAUCUUACUAGUAUUGCGGGCAUGUCUGACAACAAUAUUAAAUUUGACAAGUUUCAACGCCAAACUUCAAUUAGUGCAAAUAUCAAUGAAUAUCCGACUCCGCCAAUCAAUGUAAGCCAACAUGGAUCGUUUUCACAUCCGUCACAUUUCUCAGCAGUUGCUCAAAUGCGGACUGAUAGCGUUAAUAGUAUAAAUUCGAACUUCAGUAGUUCGUAUUUGAUGCCAACUGUUACUUUGACUAACCAGGAGAUCCAAAAUGGUGUGCAUGCCCAUCAACGAAUGCUUCAGCAGCAGCAGCAACAGCAGCAACAGCAACAGCAACAACAGCAACAACAGCAACAGCAACCGCAACAACAGCAACAACAACAACAACAACAACAACAACAACAACACCAGCCGCAACAACAGCCGCAACAACAGCAGUUUCAACAAUUUUCACUGCUUCCUGAUCAAUCUCAACACCAACAAUCUAUUAUACCCGACCACCCUCACGUGAACUUUGACUCUGCAGGAUACUCAUUUUAUGAUGUUCCAGACAACAUGAUGGAUAUCCAAAUGACAGACGAAUUGCCAUUACAUUUAAAAGUGUUAACUCCUUUAAAACAAGACGUCGAGGAAGAUACAGUGAACGCCAGUAAAUUGCAUGAACCUAAGCAGAUGGAUAUGGAUUUGAAUUUCCUUAAUGAUAUUGAUUACCUUACUCAUGAGAUUGAUGUUAAUGCAAAGUUUACGUCUGGAGGCUACUCGUUUUACGGAGAUAAUAUAUCGGCUUGUUCCUCUGGUAUAGAUACCAAUUCUCCGGGUAUCAAUAUAAGAUCACCAAACAAGUUUGGCAAUAUGAAUAGGUUUGACACCACUAUUGAUCAAAACCAAUUGACUAACAUUGAAAGGAUUGGAUCGCCACAUCAGGAAAUUGUCGAUCGAAUUCCCCCGAACAAGAUAAAACUAACUAACUAUUCUAAAAACAAGCUCUUCACUAAUCGAAUGAGGCAAUUGAUUAACAAGUCAUUGAACAAAUACCCAAUUAGUGGUAUCACAACUCCUACGAUUCCAUCGAACGAAAAACUUGAAUCGUUUUUGUCCACGUUUGUCAAUGAUUUUUUAUCACGUUUCCCGUUUAUACACGUUUCCAAAUUGAAUGAAUUUGAAGUUAUGAAUAUGUCGGCCAAUGAAGCUGAGAACAAUGAAAGUGCUAGAGUGUGUUUACCUUUGUUGAUUGCUACUAUUGGUGCAUUAUUGGCAAAUAACAAAAACGACUCAGAACACCUUUAUGAGGCAUCAAGGAGAACUAUUCACAUAUAUUUGGAGAGCCGCAAAAACUAUGUUAACGAAAAGAAGAAAAACGACCCUACAUCGUCAUCAAAUCCGUUGUGGCUUGUUCAAUCUCUAACUUUAUCGGUUAUCUAUGGGUUAUUUUCGGAAAAUAUCAACAACGUAUACAUUGUUGUCAAGCAACUUAAUGCGCUAAACUCGCUUGUGAAAACCUCAAUCAAGGAGAAACAUGAGAUAUUAUUUUCAAUCCAUGGAGAAGACGAAAUUAUUUAUAAAAACCUUACGGAAUUAAAUUCAUCUGCAUCAAAUGAAACUUCCUUAUUUUCAAAUAAUCACAAUGAUGAAAUGAAGUUCAAAAAUCAAAUCAACUUACAAUCACAGAGCCGUACUGUGUUUUUGAUUUAUCGGUUGACCAAUUUCUUGUUCAUGAUGUAUAAUGUUCCAUUAACCUUAUCUGUAAAUGAUCUACAUCGAUUGCCAAUUGCAGAUCGAACUGAUGAAUAUUUAUGGGGUUUCAAAAAUUAUCAAGAGUUUCAGGAAUCGUGUCAUUCUAAUAAUACAUCAAUUGAUAGUUUUAUCAAAAAGCACAAAGUGAUCAAGUUUAAAGAUUUAUUACUCAAGAUCACCAAAAACGCCAACCCAGAUAAACCCCCCAAUAUGGAGUCUGAAUUGUUUGUUGGAGAAAAUUUGGAUUGUUUGAGUAAAUUUGGUUUUAUAUGUUUAGUGCAUGGCUUUUAUGAGAUUAUGCUGUACAAAGAAAUGAAGAAAAUUGAUGCGUUUCAAGUAUUGGAUCAAGUCACCAAACAUUUUCCUAGCAGUAGCAGUAGUGGCAACGGCAGUAGUAGUAGUAGUGGUGGUGGUGGUGGUGGUGGUGGUGGUACUAGUAAUACUAAUAGCAGUACUACUACUCAGACUAAGCAACUUCAUCAACAAAAGGAUAUUGAAAAAUUGGACUAUGCUUUAUUAGUCAACUAUACCAAAAUCUCAACUCUUUUGGAUUUGAGCAUAAUAAAAACACAAUGUUGGGUAAUGAGUUUUGAUGAAUUGUUGAAAGGCUUUGGUGAAUUGUUGACUGGUAUGGUGCCUGAUAGCCCACAAAAUACCCUUAGCAACUAUAAUUACUUGCAAAUUCUUGAUUGUGGAUUAAUGAUUUUGAAACUUGCAUUGUUUGAAAAUAAAAGUUCAUUGCGUUCUCAGCAUGAUGAUGUGGGAAUUAUAAAGUUGACAAAUCGUUUUGAUAAUAAUGAUACGUUUAAUACUGAUUUUGGGUAUUUGGACAACAAUAAUAAUAACAACAACAACAGCAAUGACAACCACAACAAUGACAACAAUGACAACAAUGACAACAACAACAACAAUAUUACCACUACUACCAGUACCAGUACCACAAGUAGUACCAACGGCAACGGUGGUUUUAUUAGUGAUUUUUUGAAUCUCCAUACUAAUGGCAAUAUUGUAGAGCGAAAUAUUACUAGCACUACCAAAGAAUUUGAAAAACUAAUUGACCUCAGAGUUUCUGAUCAUUUUGAACCUACGGGUAACUUGAUCCACUCGCAAAUGUUGUUUCAUAUAUUCACUAUCCUUGCAUUAGUCUCGAUAAUUGUACUCAAGAAAAAGAAAGAUCAAGAAAUGGUAAUGAACUUGAACCAGGGGGGUGCAACCGAUGAGAAGGACAAGUCUCGAUUAUUCGAAAUGGAUUACAAACUUCAAACCAUUAUUUCGUUGUUGGAUAAAGUCAAACAUUGUUUGAAAAAUAAGUAUCAAAUGAUAUCGAACGGGAAUAGAAGUGACUUUGGUAAUGAAUAUAUGGAGGGAACAGUACCGAGAAUGGCAUCUGGAGCACCAGGGAACCCGGCGAAGUUGGAAGAAACGUUUACCAGUUUGUAUAUAUAUAAUAGUAGCGAUGGGAGCAGUGAUUUCUUUUCUCCAAUUUCUCAGCAGAAUAACGGAGUCAGUAUGAAUGAAUUGGAGAAAACAUUAUACAUUUUGAAAAUCGGGGAAACUACUUUGAAUUACAUGUAUGAUUCAAAUAUCAAAGUAUCUAUAUUCAAAAAAUUGGCAGGCAGUUUGUCCCAGAUUAGGAAAUACAUAAUCGAUAAUGAAUCUAGAUUGUUGUGA